AUGUCAUUCAGACUCGCUCUUCGACCCUUGCGACCCCUCUCCUCUCGUGUCGCUCUCGCACGACCAUUACACUCCACAGCUCUCAGACGUACACAGGCAGGCUAUGGAGAUCCACAAGAUGAGAAAGCCGAUAAUCACACUCCAUUACCUUCUUCCACACCUGACCCUCAUCCCGCUGGUCAAGGUAAAGGACCAGGUACCAAGACUGGGACGACCGAUCCGGAAGUGGGUAAAGGCGGAGUAGGAAAUGCGGGUGGAAAGAAAGGUGCAGGCGAUGCGUCGAAAGAGAACGUCAGCGGCCAAGAUAUCAAGGAGACGAAGAAGAUAGGAGAAGAACCUAAGAAGGAAGAAGUUGGAGGUGCUGGACCUAUUGGUGGAUAG